AGUAUCAAAAACAUAUAAAAUAAAAUAUAAAUUAUAAUUAUCUUAUGAUUCAAACAAUCAAUUAUAAUGAUAAAUCAUUUGAAGAUUAAACAUUACUACAAACACUCAAAAAUCAUAGAAUAGCAAUAAUAGGAGCUAUGAAUGAAAAUCAAAAACUUAAAAAUAAUAAUCAAAUUGUUCAUUUAACACUUAUUAAUUUGAUCAUUUCCUNUAUUGAGUUAAAGAGCAUAUGCAAUAAUGAACAUUAUUAAUAAAUAUCUAUUUUAAAUAAUAAAGUCUAAAUGGGACCGUAUCUAAGCCAACCAAAAACAGAGAAGACUUCAGUUACAGGUUAAAAUUAGGUACUCCAAUAUGCUGCCACUCAUAUGCAAGGUAUUAAAUUAUGAAUAUAUUAGGAUGGAGAAAUACAAUGGAGGAUGCUCACAUUUCAGAUAUUAAUAUAGAGCCAGAUGUUCAUUUAUUUGCUGUUUUCGAUGGUCAUGGAGGAAGUGAAGUAGCAAUAUUUGCAGAAAAACAUUUCAAAGAAGAAUUGAUGAAGAAUAAAAACUAUCAAUCAAAAAAUUAUGAAAAGGCUUUGACAGAAACAUUUUUUAAAAUUGAUAAAAUGUUAUAAGAGCCAGCUGGUUAAGAUGAGUUAAAUAAAAUAAGAGGAGUAACUGACGAAGGUAAUAUAUAUCAAAAUUUUUUUAGCAUCUUUGGCUGGAUGUACUGCUAAUGUAGCUUUGAUUGUUGGCAAGAUAUUAUAUGUUGCUAAUGCUGGAGAUUCAAGAGCAUUUUUAAAUAGAGACGGAAAACCAUUUGACAUGAGUAAAGAUCAUAAGCCAGAUGACGAUUUAGAGAAAAAGAGAAUAGAAAGAGCUGGAGGUUUUGUUUCUGAUGGUCGUGCUAAUGGUUUAAUAUUUUAAUAAUAUAUAAGGAAAUCUUUCUUUAUCAAGAGCUUUGGGAGAUUUGGAAUAUAAAAAAGAUAAUAGAUUUAAGCCUGAGGAAUAGAUAAUCUCUGCAUUACCUGAUAUUAAAGUAACAUAAUUGACUCCUGCUGAUAAGUAAUUUUAAUAUAUUUUAAUUUUAUUAGAUUUUUAUUGAUGGGAUGUGAUGGAGUAUUUGAAACAUGGGAUCAUUAAUAAAUACUUAAUUUUGUUAAUUAAGAAUUGAAAAGUAGUCAAAAUCUAUAGAAGGCUACUGAAAAAUUGCUUGAUUAAUUGUUAGCAAAAGAUACAUCAAGUAAAUAUUUACAUCUAUUUUAUAGUGGGUACUGGCUGUGAUAAUAUGACUUGUAUUUUGAUUCAAUUUAAAUGAUGAAUCAAUUGAG